AUGGCGACGGGUCGGGACGCGCGCGACGCGCCCAGCCUGGUCGGGCUCGUGGCGAGCAUCGUCAAGGACCUGGCGCAGUGGCCUGCCGCGUCGUGGGAGCAGCCGUCAAAGCAAGAGAUGCUCAGCGGGCAGCUCGUCGACACCUUCAAGACUCGGCUGGAGCUGUGGCAGCGGCACAACCAGGGCCACUUCCCGGACAGCAUUGUAAUCUUCCGCGACGGCGUGUCCGAAAGCCAGUUCUCGCAGGUGCUCGAGAAGGAGCUGCCGUCGAUUCGGGAGGCGUGCCGCGUCAAGUUACCGCCUAACUCGUCGUCGCCGCGGCUAACGGUUGUCGUCUCGGUCAAGCGCCACCAUACGCGCUUCUUCCCAACGAGCAAGGAGUCCAUGUCCAACUCGGGAAACAUCCGCAAUGGCACAGUCAUCGACCGCGGCAUCACGCAGGCGGGUUACUGGGACUUCUUCCUCACCGCCCACCACGCGCUAAAGGGUACCGCGCGCCCUGCCCACUAUACCGUCAUCCUCGACGAGAUCUUCCGCCAAAAGUACAAGUCGGCCGCUGCCAACGAGCUGGAGCGCCUCACCCACGAGCCCUGCUACCUACCCGAGAUCUUCGAGGUCAGCAACACCGACAGCGUCUCCACCGGCAAGCAGUCCAAGUGGGCAGCCCGCGAGGUCGACUUUGCCGACAUCGAAGCCGUCAAGGCCAUAUACGGCAACAAGCCGCCCUUUGCCAAGUCGCCCUUCUGCCGCCGCCUAGCCACGCCCGGACAGCAGUCGCUCUUCACCACGGUCAACGCUGACUUUCACCGCCGCCAUCGCCGGCUCCUGGCCGAGACCAUAUCAGAUUCGGCGCUGAAAUCCGCCAUCCCGCGCGUCGACGCCCACGUCAAGCUCGCCAUCCGGCGCAUGGCCGAGGAGAUGGAGGCCCAGGGCGCCGCAGACGUCUUCAAGUGGUGGCACUUUAUGACGGCGGAUGCCAUCAGCGAGCUCACGUUUGGAGACUCGUUUCGUAAGCUGGAGUUGGGCUACAAGAACACAUACUCGCUGGACCUCGAAAAGGUGGCCCGCGUCAGCGCCGCCCGAGCUACGACACUGUUUGCCAACCUCUUCCAAGCCGAGCGGGACGGUAAAGUCCCCUUCAACGAGGUCCGCGACGAGGCCCAGUCGUACAUCACGGCCGGCACCGACACGACGGCCGUGUCCCUAACGUAUCUGACCUGGGCCGUGUGCCGCAACCCGGGAGUCCGCGCCCAGUUGGUCGAGGCGCUCCGGACGCUGCCGCCCGACUUUAUCGAGACUCAGCUGCGCGGCCUGCCCUUGAACGACGUCGUCGACGAGACGCUGCGGCUAUACUCGGCGGCGCCGUCGACGCUGCCCCGUGUCGUGCCCCCGGCGGCGCAAUGCUCGCGGGCCGCUUGUUCGACGAGGCCCGACGGCUUUGUGCCCUCGCGCUGGGCAUCGCCCACCGAGACCAUGAGGAGCGCCUACAUGCCCUUUGGUCGCGGGCCGCGCGUCUGUCUCGGGCUGCACCUCGCGUAA